AUGGAGGAUGCCGAGGUCAGCCCUGGCCCCCGACACGUUUCCUCCGGCAGGCCCGGGGGAGGGCCGUGGGCGCGGGUACGGCGGCGGCCAGUCCGAGCCGGGGCCGAACGCCACCAGAGCGGCCGGGCACCCCGCGCCGCCGGCAUGAGGGGGGCUAGGCCCUGGUGCCUGCUCCUGGCCGCGGCCUGCGCUCUGAGCCGGCCCCCGCCGCCGCUGCGGGCCGCGGUGCGCUGCUCGCCCGCCGGCACCUGCUUCAGUGCCCACCUCGACAACGCCUCCUACCCCGCGGCCAGCGGCGCCUGCGGCCAGCGGCAGGGCGGCCUCGCCUGGGUCAGCGGCGAGCCGGAGCUGCGCCUGCUGCUGGGGCUGUUGGCAGAGGCGGCGGCGCCCACGCUGCUCUGGGUCGGGCUGAAGAGGAACGCCUCCGCCUGCACCCACGCGGAGCAUCCGCUCCGCGGCUUCACCUGGGAGGGCGUCGGAGGCGGGACGGCCCCGCAGGACGUGCCGGAGGCGCUCGGCCGCUGGGUGAAGGAGCCCGUGCGGUCUUGCCUCACUGCACGCUGCGCUGGGCUGCACCUGGCGGCGGUCCCCGAGCGCAGCCCCAGUUGGGGCUGGGAGGAGCGGGUCUGCCAUCGGGAGAGCCCAGGCUACGUCUGCAAGUACCAGUACGAGGGCGCCUGCCCCGACCUCAGCCCUGCGGGCGCUCUCGACCUUGACUACCGCCUCCCUUUCGAGGAGGGGAGCCCUGGCCCUGGCUUCAGCCCGCCGGGCACUGUGCUGACCGUGGCGUGCCCCGGCGGGGAGGUGCAGCUCACGUGCCAGUCCGAUCCGGGCGGUUUCGCCUGGAAGGUGGCAGAGGAGCCCCUCUGCCCCUGCCCCUUGGGCCGCCGGAGCCCCGGCAGCGAGCGGUGCGCCGAGGCCGCCGGGUGCCGCGAUGCCGCCGGCGGCUUCGCCUGUGCCUGCACCCCGGGCGGGCGGGACGGAACUCUCUGCCCGGGCACGGGGGCGGCCCCCACCGCCGCAGGCGGCCCCGCGGAGUCUCCGGGUGCCGGAGCGGAGGGGCGGCAUCCCUCCAUCCCGACACCCCGUAGUUCCGCGGGGCUGCCUGCCGCUAGCACCGCGGCCGCCGGCGGACAGAAGACGGCUGCUCCGCUGCCCUCCUCCUCCUCCUCCUCCAACUACGUUUUCGUCCUGGUGACGGUCGCGGUGGUGGUGCUGGUCAUCCUGGUCAUGACCGUCCUGGGGGUGUUCAAGAUCUGCUUCAACAAGAAAUGCGAGGGCCGUGGGGACAAGGAGUCGCCCGAAGCUGGCAGCAAGGCGGAGGCGGGUUCCUUGGAGCCGAGCGGAGCAGCGGGCGGUGACUAGUCCCAGGCGGCCGGGGCCUCGUCCCUCGGGGCUGCCCCGAGCGGCAGCUCCCACUCCGGGCCAGCGCUCGUCUGCCCGCGUCUCUCCUGCCGCGGGGAGACGAGGGAGAGGUGCCAUGGGACUUGGUUGGGCAGGACUUGCAGAUUGUCAGACGCGGGGGCACUUUUUGAGGGGUUUUAAGCUUUUGGACAGUCAAGAGUUUUUGUCGGUCUGAAAGACAGUUAUUUAGGCGCUGACAUAAGUGAAAUAUAAGUACAUCAUCCUGGCUGACAGAACGAUUGCUGCUGCAACAGUUAUGGGGUUUUAUCCUCUCAAAACCUCUUCGUUGAGUGCCUUACUUAGAGCAAGCAUAAAGGGGACCACUUUGAGCACUUGCAUCUUGUAAUUUAGAAGUCACUCCUUGCCUGAGUGGUACUUGGAGGCUCUAAUUUUCUUUCUAAUUGCUGGAACAUUUGGAGAGGUGAACUGCCAUGAUUUUGGAUGAAACUGUGACCCAUACUCUUUCAUACUUGCAUUCUUAAAAAUGAGAGAGCAUUUCUAUACUUAGAAGAUUAUUAAAUUGCUGAGGAAGUGGGAGGUUAAUGAGGAGUCAAUUUCAUACUUCAACUAAUGAAAAGAAUAAAGGAUGAUGUAAAAGCUAAA